AUGCUCGAGUCAUUCCUCGACCGGGACGGAAACACGGCAGAACCGGAAUCUCUUCCAGGCGAGAUGAUUAUCAUGGAUCUGUCUGAUGUCUUCAUGACAUCUGGUACAGCCUGUGUUCUUUUCAAGCUAGGGUUGGACCGCUUUCUCCAGUCACCCAUCAAGAACAAGAUGGUCGUGUUAGACGAGGCGCACAAGUACAUGCUUGAUAGUCCUGGGUCAAAGUUUCUUACGGACAGUCUCGACAACAUCAUUCGUCUCCAACGGCACUGGGGUACCCGCAUCAUCAUCUCCACGCAGGAACCAACUGUCUCUACGGCACUCAUUGCACUCUGCUCUGUCACCAUCAUCCAUCGCUUUACAAGUCCUACAUGGUAUGUCGCACUCAAAAAACAUAUCGGGCCCAUGGAAAACGACAAUACUCUCAUGCAACAUAUCGAAGGAUUAAACACUGGAGAAGCGUUAGUAUAUGCUCCCAGCGCAGUGCUUGGGAGGAAUGAAGACGACAGCUUAGUAAAAGCUACGGGUCAGCUGCUCAAGAUUACUAUCCGGAAAAGGAUGGCACAUGAUGGUGGGGAAUCGAUUAUGGCCAUGUAA